UUUACUGUAAUCGAUCGGUUGGAGGGUAGGAUUAUGUUCAAGAUUCAACUCUUCUUUUAAACGUUAAAGCGUUUAGUUUUACCUUAGUAUUUGAACUUAGAAGUCGUCUACAAAAUGGAUAAUAUGUAUAGUACGUCCGGGGAAAAAGAGACUGAUGAAAUACUGUUGCUACCUUUUACAUAUAUUAUGCAAGUGCCUGGAAAACAGAUCAGAGCAAAACUGGCAUUAGCAUUUAAUUAUUGGCUGAAAAUUCCCCAUGACAAGUUGGCUGUUAUUGGGGAUAUAGUACAGAUGUUGCAUAACUCUAGUCUGCUGACUGACGAUAUUCAAGACGACUCUGUCUUAAGGCGAGGAAUACCCGUAGCACAUUCCAUUUAUGGUAUAGCUAGUACGAUAAAUGCAGCCAAUUACAUGUCGUUUGUUGCCCUAGAAAGAACAUUAAGUUUAGGUCAUCCAAUGGCAACAACCGUUUAUACUGAGCAAGUUUUAGAACUGCAUCGUGGACAAGGAAUGGAAAUAUAUUGGCGAGAUAAUUAUACAUGUCCUACCGAAGAAGAAUAUAAGAAAAUGACAAUUAGAAAGACUGGUGGCCUAUUCAUGCUUGCUAUUCGACUUAUGCAACUGUUUAGUGACAGUAAAAAUGAUUUUACGAAACUUACAGGCAUUUUAGGCUUAUACUUCCAAAUCAGAGACGACUACUGUAAUCUAUGCUUGCAAGAGUACUCUGAAAAUAAAAGUUAUUGUGAAGACCUUACCGAAGGAAAAUUUAGUUUUCCUAUUAUUCAUGCUAUUCACAAUCAUCCCGAGGAUAGACAAGUAAUCAAUAUUUUGAGACAAAGGACAAAAAAUAUUGAGGUUAAAAAGUACUGUGUGAAAUUGCUGAACAAUUUUGGCUCAUUUGAGCACACUAGAAAGGUUCUAUCACAACUGGACAAUGAUGCACGGAAAGAAGUCGAGAAUCUUGGUGGAAACCCUCUCAUGUUGAAAAUACUCGAUGAAUUGUUAACCUGGAACUAUAAUUUUGAUGAGAAAGCUGUAUCUAUUUGAAUACAGUCAUGACCAGCAUAAAAAAAUCUUUAUAUUCUAGUUGUAUUAAAAUAAUACUUAUGUUAAGGAUAAUAGAUAACUCUUCUGGGACUUAAUAAAUGUAUACUAUUAAAAUAAUUGUAGUGGAGUAUUUUAUAAAGGCUUGAAAUAUUAAAGCCUAUCAAAAUAAAUAAUUUGUGAAUGUGCUUAAAAUCCAAUCGAAAUUAGUUACAAUCAAUGUGACUUAUUAAAUUAAAAUAAUGGCUUAAUCCCAUUCUUUAGUACUUAAUAUCAACACUUUACCAGUGUUUUAGUCUUCCAUUAAAUAAGAAAU